AAAAAUGAGAUAAGAGGAAAGAGGAAAGAGGAGGAGUUUCAGUGUUAAGCUUCUUGUCAACCAACUGUCAUCUAAACGGUAAGUCAAGUUAACCAAUUUAAUUAACCUUUUUCUUGGUGAUUGACUAAUUGUUAUCCAAUUAAUUAAGUGAAACAAUCAACUGUGUCCACUUAAAUUGCAUCGCUAUCAACAAUUUAUUCUGCUGCCCCAUUUCUCAGUGAAUAACCUGAUUAACUUUUUCUCUCUCUCUCUCUUUUUGUCUAUGAGAACCUUGUUUAUACCAACCUCAGAAUAUUUUUCUUCUCUCUCCUCUCUUCCAGUUUUCGCUUUUUUUAACCUUUUUCCCUCUCUCUUUUUUCUUUCUCUUUCUCUCUCCUGCUCUUUAUUUUGCUUUUUCUCUUUCUCUAAUAUCUUUGGUUGAUUCUCUGAGAGAAUUUCUCUCUAUUUUACCUCCUCUGUCCUUUCAUUCUAUUGUGUGAGAGUAUCUAAGCAUCUUGAAUUACAUAACUGCUGCUGUUGAUUGUGUUUUCAUCUUUCGCUCCCUCUCUUUUUUUCUGGUUCUCUCUUUCUUCUAUCAUCUUUGUUUUGAUUCUCUUACUUUAUUUGCCACUAGUGACCAAUUGUGAACAAUUUUAUUACCUCUAGUGUUUACUGUUCUCACUCACUUUGUCUCUCUCGCUCAAUAUCUGCACUCAAUCUCUGAGCAACAUAAAAAAUUCUCUUCAAUUUUGGCUGAUAUUUCCUUUCCACUGUGAAUUAAAUCAACAACAAUUUUUUUAUUCUUCGUUCUUUUCUCUACUUAACCUUCAACAUCUACUUGUAAAUCGUUUACUUCUUCACCUUCAUCGUUCAUUUUCCUUUACUGUUCGUGUUGGUCAAAUGUUCUCACCUUUCUUCUUAUCAUCUCUAUUCUUUCACCCAGUAUUUGUGUUCAGGAGAAGACUUAAUUUUAUCGUUCAAAAUGGAAGCCAAAGUAAGAACAGUUCGUUAUUAAAGUGAUUACAAAGAUUCCAUCUUAUAAUUUUGUUCUGUGAAACCAAAGGAAAAAAAAGAGAGAAAAAAAGAGAUAUUCAUCAACCAUUCAUUCUCACCUCUUGAAAACCCUUAACAACAGUCACACAUACAUUACAAUAUCCUUGUAACAACAACAUAAAAAAAAGAGGGAAGAAAAUGAAAUUACUGGAAAGUACUAAAUUUGAAGCUCUCAAUUCAGCUUUGAGAAUUCAUACCGGACAAUUUACUAUUGUCGGACGAGUUGAAAGCUACUCUUGCAAACUUGCUGGUAAUGAUAAAAGAUUAUACAAAACAAUGAGAGCCGAACCUGGAACAACCUUUGCAGAUCUUCACGCUCUCUCUCCACCACAGAGUAUACAAUCUUUUUCCUUCAGUCCAGCCCGAAGUUUGAGCUACAGUGAUGAUGGUGGUGAAGGUAAUGGUCACCUUUGUGAUACAAUAUCUCGUAAAACCUUAUUCUAUCUCAUCUCUACGUUGAAUUCAUCAUUUCAACCUGAUUAUGAUUUCAGUGAUGCUAAAAGCGAUGAAUUUAGUAAGGAACCAAGUUUACGUUGGGUUAUGAGUGCUGUUGAUUCAAAUUUUUUAUCAACUUCGGCUCAUCAAGCAUUUGCUGCCAUUCGAAGUCAACUUUGGUCUGCAAUUGAUGCAGAAAUAAAUUGCUCCGAGUGUGAAAUUUACAGUUACAAUCCUGAUUUAAGUUCAGAUCCUUACGCGGAAGAUGGUAGCCUCUGGUCAUUCAACUAUUUUUUCCACAACAAAAAGUUGAAACGUAUUGUUUUUUUCACAUGUACGGCUUACCGAGAACUGAGCGGAAGUGAAUCCGAUGAAGAAGGGAUUGAAGACAUGCAUACAAUUGAUUUAAGCGAUUAGUUGGACAAGACCGACAGAAAUUUCAUCUACCUAUGAGGGUAGUAAUACAUUAAACAAUAUCCAGUAGUCUAUGGAUACAAUUUGGAUGUGUGAACAUAACUAAUAGUUUCAUCACCUGAACAAAAAGUAAUCAUUUUCUUGAAGGAAAGUCAACAAAAAAAAAUUCGUCAUAACAACAAUAACAACAGAGAUAAAUUAACAUUAAUUGUUCCUCCAACUUGAUACCCCAUCACGAUUCAAUCUUUAAGGAUAAUUAAAUGUUCAAUGAAAUUUACUCUUCACCUUCAUACAUCUUUAAAAUAUGCACAACAUCAACAACAACAUCAACCUUACGUAAUAAUAGUUUCUUAUUUUUUAAUCUCUAAUGUUUAGUUUAACUUCAAUCUCAGAUUAAAUUAACACAAUUUAUUUUUCUGAUUUUCUUAAACUUCAUAUUGUAUAACUCAUACAACAACAACAACAACAAAAACAACAAAGACCAAAACAUAAUCUUCAUUAAUCAACAUUUCAACAAACUCUCUCAUAUUACCCCUUCCCAAUACACAAACAUAUUACUUAUCUAACCAAAACAAAAUCCAAAUAAUUUGUUUAUUAUCUUAAUUAACCCGGUUGACAAUAAUUACAAAUCCUGCAAACUCAUAUGUGUACCAAUGUUGAUUUAAUUGUUAAUCAUCAUCAUGUUUAUCAUCAAUAUGUAUACCCAUUAAUUUGCUUUCUCUGGUCUCAUUUAACAAACGAAAAAAAAAUAAUGUUGAUGUUUUAUUUUAUUCAUUAUUGUAUUUACCUCUAGUAUCAAAUGAUAAUCAUUAAAAUGACAAAUUCAAGAAAACAAAAAAA